GUCACAAAACAAACGUCAUCGAGUCUUUGAAGUUGUCAUUUCUUCUAGUUUUCAAGGAAAGUACUGAAUAUCGACAUUAAGAAACAAAGUAUUUCAAACUUAAAACGAAUCAAAUCUAAUCAUGGCCAACAUACCAUUAAUGUACGCUCAAGAAGAUUGUGAACUCGGAGGAAAGGAAUCGAUAGAGGACGAUUUCGCGUAUCGCAACAAUGUGAUGAAUGCUGACAAGGAGAUCCGUUUAGGAUUUGUACGCAAGGUGUACGGUCUUCUCACAGUUCAGCUGCUGGCUACUGUGGCUAUUGCAGCAGUCUUCUUGCUUGUCAAACCAGUACAACUGUUCAUUCACCAAAAUGAUUGGAUGGUAUUCAUUGCCUUCAUCUUGAGUAUAGUCACAUUGUUUGCACUAAUCGCCAAACGCCGGGAUUCUCCUGCCAACUUUUACCUCCUUGCUGCAUUUACUGCCGUCCAAGCAUAUACUGUGGGUGUGGUGGUAUCGUUUUACGAUACAUUCAUAGUGCUACAGGCGCUUGCUAUCACCUUUGCAGUUGUCUUGUCACUCACCCUCUACACGCUCAACACUAAACGUGACUUCUCUUUCAUUGGAUAUGGACUGGUGGCUGGACUCAGUGUGCUGAUUGUUGGCGGUCUGAUUCAAAUCUUCCUGCAGAGCUCCGCCUUCGAAGUUGCGCUGUCUUUCGCCGGAGCAAUCUUUUUCAGUCUCUUCCUCAUCUUUGACACCCAGCAGAUGAUGACCACAUUGUCUCCGGAAGAGUACAUCCUUGCUACCAUCAAUCUGUAUAUGGACAUUAUCAAUCUGUUCCUAUACAUUCUUCGUAUCUUAAACGAAAUGAAUAGGAACUAGAUUGUACCUUUUUUCUUCAUAUUUUUUGGGACACAUGUUCUUCAAGAGUUUUAAGUUUAUUGAUGUUAAAUUGUAAUAGAAUUUUUUAAUGUUUUCAGUUUUCUUGUAGAGUUCAAUCCGAAUUAAAUAUUUUUGUUGUUUUCAAUGAAUUAACAUUCCUAUAUUGAUUAGAAAUUAUAUGUUUUUGGGUAACUCAAAAUUAUAUGUGCGUUAUUGCAAUGUUUAUAUGUACAUAUGCCUAUUUAUUUAUUUUCCUUUAUCCUAAUUGUAUAAUAAAGACUUAUUUGUUAAGCAUAUGUGAUUUUAUUACGCACUUAAUCAGCACAGUAUUAUUUUUAUUUGACAAUUCUAAGUUUGGCGGCAGAUUUAUCUAUGUGACUAUCUGUUAAUUUUAAAUCCUUUGACGGCCAUAAAUAAAUAUUAACUGAUGUUUGACAACGGCAUUGUUGUUGUAUUGAAAUUAAAUUAUAUAUUUGUUUGGAA